ACGUUUAUCUGGAUUUAUGAAAGCAAGAUGAGUAUAGAAAAAAAUUUAUAUACAAACAUAUAAACAAACAAGCUUAAGUUAUUAUUUUGAGGUAAGAGGAGAUCUAAGGUUUGAAGAAAAAUUUUUUCAAAAAUCAAAUAGAUGAGUUAAGCAUAUACAUAAUACAAAUGGAUUUAAUUAACGACUUAUUUGAUGAUAAAUGGGAAUAUAAAGGCCAAGCACCACAAAAAACAAGAGGAACAGGGUACAACGCAUACGAUAUUCUUCAUGCGACAACACAUUCUGAUCACAUCGAGUAUUUAGUAAGUGGCGGUGAUGACACUCCAAACAAAAACAUGCUAUAUGGAGCAAAAAGAGACCCUUUAAAAAAUAUCGGACAUUGUAAAUUAAAAUUUGCAAAUCGAAACAAUAAUCAUGUGAUUGUUGGAAUUAUUGUUGAAGAUGAUUGGGUGGAAAUGAAAGAUAGUUUUUUACAGACCAUAAAUCCACCGGAAUAUGUAGACAAAUCUUUAAAAAAGCAAGAAAGCAUCAAUUUGGGAUUGAUAAGUGAUCUUCAAAAAACAAAAUGGUGCAGCAAAGGAAAACCUCCAAGAAAUAAAUCAAGCUUAGGUUACAAAUAUUAUACGCUUUUAAGAAGUCACCCAGAACACGAUGAAAAGACUGGAAACUUUAAAUAUUGCUUGUCAGACGAUUCUGUAACAACAAACGCUUUGCUAAAUGGAGCAUCUCGGGAUCCAUUAAAGUCUGUAGGAAAUUGUUUCUUGAAGAUCGUUAAAGAAGAAAUACACGGUAUAAUAAUUGAGGAUGAUUGGGUUGAGAAAAUAUAAUAUGUAAACUUGUCUUCUUGAAAUGUUUUUAUUAAAUUCAAAAA